AUGGCGCUGAAACAAAUGUGGGAAACUGAAAAAAAGAACUUGUCAGAUCUAGGCAGUCAAACACUUCUUGACUGUAUUAGUCAGUUACAAGAUGCAGCGGAUGAUCUGCAAACAUCUAUUGAGAGUAUCAGUUCUGGUUUGGGGGAUUUAACAUUUGUGAAGAAAAUAGAGGAAAUUUUAACAUUUGCAAGUUCAGCUUUGACAAAUGAUGAUACUUGUAGGGAUGCCUUCGAUGACAUUGAUAGUGACACAGAUGAGGAAGUUAAAAUUGCUGUCCAAAACAAGAUUGAUGAGAUAAAGCCUUAUACGAGUCUUUCUCUAAUUUUUAUCAUAAGAUAUGCAAACUGCACCGGCUGCCCCUAG